GAAAAAACAGUUAUCAAAGCCAGCGCAAAGGUAAAAUUGUGUGUGUGUGUCUAAAGCGGUACCAAGAACCCAGGAGACCUGAAGACCAGUGCUGCAGAUAUGUGCUGUGCUCGACCUGACGCUGUCCUGCUACAGGCCCCAUUAGCCAUUUAAUAUUACUCGGGCAAACUAAAUGAGAGGCAGCAGAAACUCUACGUGAAACCGUAAUAUCUGGCAACCCCGGCAGCUGUGGCCGGCCUCCCUGCCUGCGCUGGAUGUUAGCUGUGGUCCAUCUGCAUCUGACUGAACCUAAACAUCACCCCCAAAGCGGGUACGCCAGGCCUCGCUGUGUGACAUUUGGUGAGACUGGUUUCCUGUAUGACUCCUACCAGCAGAUGGCAGAAUAGAUCUGGCUUUUCCUCAGCGUGACCUUUCCCUGCAGUUACAGGGUCAAACGCACACCCACUCGUACUUCCUCUCAACAAAAACAGGCACACACAUGUAUCCAGAGGCACGUACUCAAAGGGCUAAAUACUGGUUUACUAAGACAGAACGAAAAACAAGGCUGCAGCUGCCAAAAAGUUGGUUUUAAGAGGAAGCCGUCAUUUUAUUCCAGUAAAGAAGUAUAUCCGAUGGGUGGAGGGGCCACGAAGCUGUACAACGCUCUGACUCAGCCCCUCAGCAGCACCACCUCUCUUCUCCCCUUCCCUUCUUCACAUCUGAACCCCCAACUACCUGCAUUCACAAAGCUGGAUCCAGAUUUCUGCCCGGAGGGGUCCUCUCCAUGUCCCCCUGAUCCAGAGGAGCUGCUUCGUCAGUGCGAGGAGGCCCUCAGGGACCGACCACCUCGCUUCGACAGGAAAUUCGUUCACCUCGGUGAUGGAGACGGCGCCCCCAGCAGUGUCAUCAGGGUGAUGCAAUGGAACAUCCUGGCUCAAGCUCUGGGCGAAGGACUCGACAAUUUUGUCAUGUGUCCUUUGGAGGCCCUCAGCUGGUCCCGCAGGAAGUACCUCAUCGUGGAGGAAGUCCUCACCUACCGCCCCCACAUCGUGUGCAUGCAGGAAGUCGACCACUACUACGACACCUUGCAGCCGGUGCUGGCAGGUUUGGGUUACAGCAGCCACUUCUGCCCCAAACCGUGGUCUCCAUGCCUGGGCGUUGAGGGCAACAACGGCCCUGACGGCUGUGCGCUGUUCUACGACGAGUCGCGAUUUGAGCUCCUCGACAGCGUCAACAUACGACUCUCUGCCAUGAGGAUUCCAACCAAUCAGGUUGCCAUAGUGACCACACUGCGCUGUCGGAUCACGGGUAAAUGCGUGUGCGUGGCCGUGACACAUCUGAAGGCUCGUUCUGGCUGGGAGUGGCUCCGCAGCACUCAGGGGUCAGACCUCCUUUGGCAUCUCCAGAAUGUGGUCCAGAAGCAGCCCGGCGACCCUGCCGCCGACAUACCUCUGCUCAUAUGCGGGGAUUUCAACGCAGUCCCAAAUGAGGAGGUGUAUCGGCGCUUCGCCACAUCGUCUUUCGGCUUGGACUCGGCCUACAAGAAACUCAGCCGGGACGGUUUGACGGAGCCGGAGUACACAACGUGGAAGAUUCGGCCCACGGGGGAGUGCUGCAGUACUCUGGACUACAUCUGGUACACCAAGGACACGCUGAGAGUGGACGCCGUCUUGGACAUGCCCACCGAGGAGGAGAUCGGGCCAAACAGGCUUCCGUCCUUUAGUUAUCCAUCCGACCAUCUCUCUCUGGUUUGUGACUUCAGCUUUAAGGAGGAGGAGUGAGAAGGAAACAACAAACCGGCGCACCGGAAGUGAUGAUGCUGUGGAGUCGAGGUUGGCUCUUCCUCCUCGCUUUAUCGUGAGCAGACCAGGAGGUCACAUGUGAGUGAUAAAGACAGUGUGCCAAAACAUGGCCAAGACUUUAAUGAGACACUGACUGUACCUCUGCAGCACGGGAUAGUCCAGCUGCAGGUGUGCUUUACCUGUCGUCAGACUGCACACACGUACUUUAAGAACUCUGAAUGUUGUGCUUCAUGCUGCUGAUGCACUACAGGACAGACGUGGUCGGAGUAUCACACACAUAUGAGGUGGAAUCAGGAGGUUUCUCACCUCUUAACAUCCUGCAGGCCACUCCGAUUUUCAGAAAACCGUGUUUCCAACUCUGGAUCUUUCACCAAUGACCUGAUGGAUGUUAAGAGAUUAAAAUGAGUGAAUUUUUCUAUUUGUAUUAAAAAAUAAAUAAAAAUGGGCACAACACAGUCUGGAAAUGCAUCGGAUAUCAUCUGCUGUCUUCGUUUCUGGCGACAACACAUAUCUGUGCCAAGACUUUAUGUUCCUGCACCUUUUUCUUUUUCUUUUUUAAAUUUUGAUGAAUGCAGAUAAAUGAAAAACUAAUAAAGAUACAUGGUUGUUUGGCAGAA